UGAGACCAGGAAGGAUAGAGAAAUUGUCUUUCCAUGUGAAUAUUUCAUUUAGGCAUCUUGUGGGAUUUAAAAACAAGCCCAGUACUAACUCUUUGGCUUGUUUGUGUGCCAGGCAUUGGCAGAGAGCAGCAGAAGCCAUUGCUACAGAUGCUGGGGCUCUGCUUCCAGUAUGAAGAGGGCAAAGAUUUGUGGGUUUGUCACCUGUAGGUUCCUAACAUUUGGGCUAGGCUUUUUCUUGGGAAUGGAUGCAGGCACUGAUCGAUUUGGAACAGAAGAGAGGGAAACUGGGUGAAAUUGGGAGUCUGUGUAUGCAUUGCUGUGCAAUGUGAUCAAGAAUAUAUAUGUGCUCUGCAGCCAACAGAAACUACUGCUCUUUCCCUAUCCACUAAACCCUUUCAUGCUCACACUGGGUCCUUAUAAGUAAUCACAGAAUCACAGAAUGAUAGAAUAUCUCAAGUUAGAAGGGACCCGUAAGGAUCGUUGAGUGCAGCUCCCAGUGCUGAAUGCCAGCACCCUAAAAGGGAAAGGAAGUUAUUCAUUGGCCUAAAUGUGGUUUUGGCCAUACCUGCUUUUCCUGUGGUCGCAGCUUCAAAUCCCAAUGAGGCAGACUGAAGCAAAUACACUGAUUUUUGGAGCUCUCCUUAUAGCAACUUCAGUUGCAACCCUAAAGUCUCAGGGUUUCUCUGCAGACACUUGGCAUAUAUGGCAUGUUUCAUCAGAUUAAGGCUUUAUUCUAGUAUCGUGGAAGAUUUCUGUUUCCACUGCCCCUUUUUCUGUACUCAAUACUGAUUGCACUUAUGCUUCCCCAGAUGUGGGUUCUCUGAAUGAUGACGGAGGUAUUUCAGGCUGCCUUGUUUUAACACUGAGCCAUUUGUGAAUAACUUUGGAUUCUCCAAUCAGUGUGGAGAAAUCCAGGACUAAUUCCAUAUUAAAAUUUCUGCAUGUUGGGACCUGACUUUUUUCAAUCAUAUGUUAAAAUCAGGCAAGCAUGAUGUUACCCCAGACUAUGAACUCUUCAUGUGCUCUAUUUCACAUGUGCUUAUGUAUCAAGGCCUGUGAAAUGGGAGGUGCCGGCAGCAUUACAGCUGGUCUUUAUAGUGUAGUCAUGCAGAUCCCAGGCCUGUUCUCCAUCCACACUUCUCCAAGCACUCAGAAGAUGUGUUUCUAGUUGCAAGAGAAGGACACAGCCAAACUGGAGCAUGAGGUUUCCUUGCACAGCCCUUGGAGACACUGUGCAUGAGGUCCGCAAGAGUCUUACCCUGAAAUCCGCAGCAGCCUGGACAUGCUGGAGAUCCACAACCAUAGUAAGGGAAGCUACAUUUAGAUGCUGUUUACAGCAAUAAAGAGAAUAUUACAUUUGAUCUAGAGCUUUGUGUUAAUUCACAGGAUGAGAUGCGAACAGAAGCUCGUCGAAAAAAUAUCCUCAUUCUAAUUCUGCAUUAUUUAAUGGAGAAAGGGUACGUUGAUGCUGCGUAUGCUUUGGAACAAGAGACGAAAUUAAGUUUACGUGGCUUUGAAGUUUGUGACAACAUUGAUCUUGAGACAAUUUUGAUGGAAUAUGAAAACUAUUACUUUGUAAAAUUUCAGAAGUAUCCUAAAAUUACCAAAAAGGUCCUGGACACUGCAGAAAAUAAACAACAGCUGAGAACUAGGGGAAGACCAAGAAGGGCAGCAAGCUCUUUUCAGAACCUCCCAAGGCUCAGACAUCUGACAGUGCAACAACCGUUGUUAACAACCUCAUCUGGAAGUGCAACAGAAUUCAGAUCUUCCACCAAGGAGAGACCCAGCCAGAAUAAUGACAGUGCAGUUACUCUGGAGCAAUCUGACUUUGGCUUAAGCAUCUCGGCAAUCAGCAGAAGUGGAGGAGAUGGCACUCACACAAGAAGGGUUGGUGGAAAACUAGGCCAGGUAAUUGACUUCCAUGGGAUGAUUCAGGAUGCUGUCAAAGUAUCAUCAAAUGGAAUAGUCUUGAACAGCCUUAACUCUGAUCCGGAUCCAUCAGAACGAUUAUUAAAACCCCUUAGUGCUUUUAUUGGCAUGACUGGUGAGAUGAGAGAACUUGCAACAGUUGUAAGCAAAGACAUUUAUCUCCAUAAUCCAAAUGUGAAGUGGGAUGAUAUUAUUGGGCUGGAUGCGGCUAAAAGACUAGUCAAGGAAGCAGUUGUUUAUCCUAUAAGGUACCCCCAGCUGUUUACUGGCAUUCUGUCUCCUUGGAAAGGAUUAUUGCUGUAUGGACCACCAGGUACUGGGAAAACUUUGCUUGCUAAGGCUGUUGCCACAGAAUGCAAUACAACUUUUUUCAACAUAUCAGCAUCCACCAUUGUCAGCAAAUGGAGGGGUGAUUCAGAAAAACUUGUCCGGGUAUUAUUUGAGCUUGCCCGGUACCAUGCUCCUUCCACAAUUUUCUUGGAUGAGCUGGAGUCAGUUAUGAGUCAAAGAGGCACUGCUUCUGGUGGUGAACAUGAAGGAAGUCGGCGGAUGAAAACAGAAUUACUGGUGCAGAUGGAUGGCUUGGCCCGAUCUGAUGAUCUUGUAUUUGUUUUAGCAGCUUCCAAUCUGCCAUGGGAGCUGGAUUCUGCCAUGCUGCGGCGUCUGGAGAAGAGGAUUUUGGUAGACCUCCCUAGCAAAGAGGCACGGCAGGUGAUGAUCCAGCACUGGCUGCCCCCUGUGAGCAACAGCGGAGCAGUGGAGCUGAGAACAGACCUGGACUACAGCUUGCUGGGCCAGGAAACGGAUGGGUACUCCGGCUCUGACAUAAAACUCGUGUGCAAGGAAGCAGCCAUGAGACCUGUGAGGAAAAUCUUCGAUGCUCUAGAAAAUCAUAAGCCAGGUAACCGUAACUUACCCGUGAUCCAAUUAGACACGAUUACCACAGCAGAUUUCCUGGAUGUGAUCACCCACACCAAGCCAUCAGCAAAGAAUCUAAGCCAGAAGUACACUGCUUGGCAGAGAGAAUUUGAGUCAGUUUAAAAAGGAAAAAAAACCAAACCCAAAGAUUGAAAACUUCCAAGACUUCUGCUAUCCAAGUGCUGUUGUUUCCAGGAAAGAGAAUGCAGACACAAAAGUCAGGGGAAAAUCUUUGCUUUCAAAACCGGUGAACCUUUUUGAAACCUUCUUUUAAUGGUGGGAGGUCUGGUGUUGGUUAUUUUUUAUUAGCUAUUUUUAAUUACCAUUCCAGAAACAUUCUUCAUGGAAUUAAUGUAAUGGCAGUUGCUAUGUAAUGAAGACUCCAGCCUUAAUUUUAUGUAUAAAAACUUAGAAAAUU